AUGAUCAGCAGGAUUUUCAUCGCUUGCCUGUUUCUCGGGAUGUACAGUACGGGCUCUUUGCUAGGUUGCAAAUGGAUUGUAAAAGAUCAAGACGACAUAAACCAUCAAUUCCAUGUGUACAACAACAGAGCUUUGGGUUUCCUUGAUAUGAUGAUUACUAACACCACUAAGGAUGCUGAAAUUGAGCACACAGUGGCUUUCCCUAAUCAACUGUAUCACCAGAAGUCCAAAGCAACAGAUGAGGAUAAACUGGCUUUCAUAGUUCAGAUUCUGGAGGAGGUGGCUGCCCUGUUUGAGGAGGAUCACAGCUCUGCCUCAUGGGAGGAGAACACAGUGGAGAACUUUCUCAAUAUUGUGAACAAACAGGCUGAAGAGCUUCGCUCUUGUAUUGGAAGCCACAGUUACACGACACAGAAGGUGCAACGGCGGACAGAAAUGUAUUUCAAGAGACUCUCAAAUGAAAUCCUAAAGAAAAAUGGUUACAGUGCUGAAGCCUGGGAGACGAUCAGGAACAUAACAGAAGAUCAUCUGAGUCAAUGCGCAUUCCUGGUUAACUCUCUGGGAAAUGCCCACUAA